GUAGCACACACGCUAUAUUGUUCGCAGCAAAUUACGAGACAGUGUUGGCGCGGCAGUGUUGGCACAGGAACUUGGACGCGAUGGAUCGCUGGGUGAGCAAAGUCGCGCUCGUCACCGGGGCAAGCGUCGGAAUCGGCGCGCAGGUUACGAAAAUGCUCGCGCAGAAGGGCAUGAGGGUGAUCGCUGUCGCGAGGCGGCUGGAAAAAUUGGAGGAAUUGGCGGCGCGCAUCAAACGCGAGCACAAGACCGAGAUAUAUCCGAUGAUGUGCGACGUAUGCAAAGAAGAGGAUAUCCUUCGGGUAUUCAAAUGGGCGGACGAUAAAUUUGGCGGUGUUGAUGUACUGGUCAACAACGCCGGUACUCUUUCGAACGAAUCGAUUAUAGACGGAUCAACAGAGAAAUAUCGGGCGAUCAUGGAAGUGAACGUGAUCGCGAUGGCGAUUUGUUCGCGGGAGAUGUCGCGUUCCAUCAAGAAACGUAAAACCCGCGGUCAUAUCAUCAAUAUGAACAGCAUCGUGGGUCACUACGGGGAAGCAAUGGUUAUGUCGAAUAGUCUGUACUCCGCCAGUAAAUACGCCGUCACCGGUAUGUCACAUAGUUUGCGCCAUGAAAUGAUCGCUGCAAAGCUCGACAUAAAAGUAACGAGCAUUAGCCCCGGCAUCGUGGAUACAGAUAUGGUAAGGGACUUUGGUGUCACGCCAGAAAUGCUGAGAAGUAAUAGUCUGCAGGGCCAGGAUAUCGCUGAUGCGGUGAUCUACGUACUGAGUGCGCCGUCCAACGUGGAGAUAACCGAACUGACAAUAAUUCCUCAAGGCAGUCAACUUCAUCAGAUCGAAAUUGCAUCAAAAUAAUAUAUAUGCUGUAUAUUGAAUAAUGCAUGAAAAUGCAAGGAUGCAAGAAUGCUCCUAAAAUUAUUUUUGCGAAGCAAGGCAGGCUCGACUAGGCAGAAUUAGAA